AUGGAUGAAAAUGUUGCCGAAAAUGCGACGGAUAAGGUUGAUGCUACCACUAUGAAAAAGGACGACGAAAAAUUGGAUGAUGACCGAGUUCAUAUUAAAAACAUUCCACCGUUUCUUGGAUUCAAACAGUUCAAAAAAACGUUGGAAAAAAUUUUAAAAGAAAUAAAACCAAAAAAGUUGAGACACAUGAAGGAUUAUGCAUAUGUUACAUUUGAAACACCAGAUGAAGCACAACAAGCAAUAGAGGCUGUUAACGGGUACGAGAUUAAAAAAUUUGUAUUGUCCGCGGAACUAGCCGCUACUGAAGUUAAAGACUUUCGGGUUCGUACGGAUGAUAGAAAAUUCGACAAUCCAAAAACGACAAAGGAAGUCGUUACCCCGCUAUCUGAAGUACCGUAUGAAAAUCAACUUGAAAUUAAAACGCAACAAUCAAUUAAAACGGUAGAGAAACUUUAUCGUCAAUUGCGAGAUGUUAAAAUCCAAAAUAUUGGAAAAAUUGCUGAAUUCAAACAAAAAUUACAAAAUAUCAUUCCUGCUCCAAAAAUCUGUGGAUAUCGUAAUAAAUGCGAAUUCACAAUUGGAAAUAACAUGAAUGGUGAAAUUACCGUGGGAUUCGUCGGCGGUCGAUUUUCAAAAAAUCAGCAUUAUGUGAUUCCGCUUGAAAACGUCGACAUAAUCAGCAAACAAAUGUACGCAAUUGUACAAGAUGUUCAAGAUCUCGUUAAAAAUUCUGACCUUGAACCAUUCAACGAGUUCGAACGAAAAGGAUUUUGGAGAAUGCUCACAAUUCGGGAAUUUGGAGGAGAUGUUAUGCUCAUUUUCACCGUAUUUCCUGCUGAAAACGAAAAUGACAAAAACGCUGAAGACGAAAUAAAAACGAGAAUUGCAUCAAGAUAUUUGAAUAACAGCACUUUCAUAGAGAAGAAAUUCCGAGUUGUUAGCGUUUAUUGGCAGCAAAUGAUUCAUUGCAGCGAUCCGAUUAAAUAUGAGCUAAUUGGAGGAGCUCCAUAUAUUUAUGAAUCAUUACUCAAUUGUCGAUUCCGAGUGUCACCUUCUGCAUUUUUCCAAACGAAUAGCCGCACAGCAUCGGUGCUAUAUCGUAAAAUUGGAGAAUUUUGUGAAUUGGCGGAAAACGUAGAUAACCCAACAGAAAACACUGAACAUUUGAAAAUUCCACCAGUAGCUGAAGGAGAAUCUGAAGAAGUCGAACCGAAACGAAUUAAGCUUGAUGGUGGAGAGAGUGAGGAAAAACCAUUCGAUUAUGGAACUGUAUUACUUGAUAUCUGUUGUGGAACUGGAACUAUUGGGCAAUGUGUUCUGAAAAGCCUGGGAAAUUCUAAGAAGAUUUGCUGUGUUGGAAUCGAAAUGAUUUCGGAAGCCGUAGAAGACGCGAAACAAAAUUCUAAGCAAAACAAAUUGGACGGAAUUUGUAAAUAUAUCGCUGGUAAAGCAGAAGACGUAUUCCGUUCAAUGAAAUAUCAUUUACCUGUCGGAUUUGACCUGAGAAAAUCGCGAGUUGUCGGAGUCUUGGACCCGCCAAGAGCUGGUAUGCACGAGAAGGUGAUUUUGGCGUGCAGAGAAAUGGAAACCAUGAAACGAUUAAUAUUUGUGUCUUGUGAUCCAAACGCAGCAAUGAAGAAUAUAGUAGAUUUAUGCCGGCCAACAUCAAAUAAGUUCGUUGGUGUUGCAUUCACAGUAACUAAAAUCCAACCAGUUGAUAUGUUCCCAAUGACGAAUCAUUUUGAGUGGAUAAUUCAACUCGAUCGAUAA